GAUUUCAGUAUAAGUUCAUCGUCUUUUUCUCUCUUGAGCAACGAGCGGGAAUUAGCGCCUUCGAUAUUUACAAAGGCGGACUCAGACAAUGUGAAUUUUUGGUAAUAUCUUAUAUGUUCAAGCUGAAAUUCUUGAUUGAUUGUUGAAGAGGAAGUCUCAAUGGGUUUGAGUAAAACUGAAGUUAAUUUGAGGAGACUAUUAGCAACUGCGCCACAACAACAAAAUCAAGCAAAGCUCAUACAUUAUGUUGCCACAUUGCGAGAACAAUUGGAGCAGUUGGCUGAAGAAAGGACUCCAGAAGGACUGCCCAGGGUUUCCAAAGCCAAGGUGAACGAAUAUUCAGAGAAAAUCGAAGCUAUUGCUGCUAAAGUGGCUGUCACUGUGGAGGAACCUCAGAGCCCUCUGGCUGACGUAUAUAGUGCUGAAACUUGUAAAGCAGAGGGAGAAAGUGCACAUUCUCCUACUGGAGGAUUGAGAAGAAGAUUUGCGCCACCAUCAAAUGCUAAGGAUACAUCUCAAGAGAAGGUGGGCGCUGACCAAUCUGCUCCCGUCAAACUAGAUGAUGCUGCAUGGACGCAUAUUGAUAAGCACAGGAAACUUCAGGAGAGCCUGACAGAUGAAAUGGUUGUCUUGGCACGACAGCUGAAAGAGAGUAGUCUCAUGAUGAAUCAAUCUGUAAAAAACACAGAAAAAAUACUUGACUCAACCGAAAAAGCAGUUGAGAAUAGCUUGGCAAGUACAGGGCAUGCUAGCAGUCGUGCCAUGGAAGUUUAUUCACGGAGUUUCAAGACGACAUGCUUCACAUGGCUCUUGAUUUUCUCUAUGACAUGCAUUUUUAUCAUGGUCGUACUUCUCAUUCGUGUCACAUAGCAUCAUGCUCCUUCGCCAUAAGUCUCAACCUACUUCAACUUCUUGUGAUUUUACACACCUGAAAACCUCUGGGAAGUUGUAUAUUGAGAGUUGGUAGAAAUUUGUAUUGUUGGCAACAUCACAGGAAGUAGCAGACUAGUAGUAACACAAGGCUAUUAUAAGACUGGAAGAAUUGAUUUUGAUGAAACAUUUGUUGCAGUAGCACGUAACGUUUGGAACCCAUAUUGCUAUUUCAUA